AUGUGCUUCCCCUUCUUUGCACAGAAACCUCUGUCUUGGGAUAUAUUUGUGUUAGCUUUGAAAGACAACCCGAAUUUGGUCUAUCAUCCGCAACGGAAAAAAUUAUCCAAAAUCCUGAUGAAAACGGAGCAAUCAAAUAUGACUUUUGAUACUGCACCAAAUACACCACUGAAUAAUAAUGGAGGUGCAACACAAGUGGGAUUUGCUGCGCCAUCAGCACCAAAAAUCAAUGGAUGCGUAAAUGGCAAUGUGGUAUAUGCUCAAGUUCCAGCGCAAACGCUCACUACAGCUCCUCCAGGGACGGUUAUAUUAGCACAAGCAGUCAAUUUACGAACACCGCAACACUUAUCUCAACGAAACCAGCAAGCAGCACAAUCAGUGCAACAAAACAAUUCGCACCCAAAUUUGUCGGCUACUAUGCAUCAAAUGUUAGAAUUAUAUUACACGUCCCUUUGUGAACCCGCUUUUCCUGAACCAGGCGAGAAGAGCACUCUGGCAUCACCACAGCAUUACUUGGAUCAAUAUCAUAUGUUACAUCAUCAAGCUGUAACUAAACAGCAACAACAUGGCAGCCAAUCGUUACCACAGUCAGCUUCAUAA